AUGGCCAACCCACGCAUUGAGGAAGUUGUCGACGAGCCGGAGAAGGUGCAGGAUGUGGAGGAGGACUCCUCGGACUCAGACGAGGAAGGUGGUGAUGCCAACAUUCCCGCUGGUGCUCAGGUUGCUGUGCACAGCAGGAACGAGAAGAAGGCGCGCAAGGCAAUUUCAAAGCUUGGGCUGAAGCACAUUGACGGCAUCACUCGCGUCACUCUUCGGAGACCAAAGAACAUCCUCUUCGUCAUCAGCAACCCAGAUGUCUACAAGUCCCCCAACAGCAACACCUGGAUCAUCUUUGGCGAGGCUAAGAUCGAGGACCUCAACGUGCAGGCUCAGGCUUCCGCGGCCCAGCAGCUUGCAGCACAAUCCGCCAACGAGGCUUCCCACGACCACUCCGCCGACGGCGCUGACAAGGGCAAGACCAUUGAGGAGGGUGCCAGCAAGCCUGCUGAGGAGGAGGAGGAUGACGGUGAGGAGGUCGAUGACACUGGGCUUGAGGCCAAGGACAUUGAGCUCGUCAUGGCCCAGGCCAGCGUUAGCCGGAAGAAGGCCGUCAAGGCACUCAAGGAGAACGACAAUGAUAUUGUCAACAGUAUCAUGGCAUUGAGCAUAUAG